AUGGUUGAAUUACGUCUAAUUUAUUGUAGUUUGAUUGCCGCAUUCAUUGAUCCUUAUUUAAUGCGAUAAAAAAAAAAACAAAUCAAAAUAAAAUCAGUCGUCCUGAUAUGUUUGUGACCCCUGAGUCACGGCAGUGCGAGCAAAGGCUUUGUAUUGUAUCACUUUUGAUACGAGCGCCGGCGCACUCGCAGUUUUUCUACAAGAUGAGAGUAUGAAGUUCGAAUUACCUUAAAUUCCUGUUAAAAAGUUGAUGAUGAAUUGUGAUUAAAUAGUGUUAAACCGACAUAAAAACAAAAAUGACUGCGUGUAAAGCGUUACUAUGGAUUGUAUUUGUUUGGUGGACUGUUGACGCUCAAUUUGGAACUGUAUCUAUCAGCUUGGACAUGGGACGUACUGAAGAGGAAUCUUUAAAUUUCAAAGGUCGAUGUCCACCGAACACUUCAUGUGUUCCAAUCAGCUCAUGUCCACUGUUAGAAGACCUGAUGGACUUUUCGUGUUUUUCCUCUGACAAAUACUUUCAUCGCCUGAAUUCUCUGACUUGCGGCAAUAACAAUGACGAGGACCUCGUGUGCUGUCCGGCAUGCGAGUGCUCGCGCGUACACCCGCCGAACACCGCCGAGUGCGGCCGAAGCAUGGUGCGCGCCAAUGACUACAAAGGCAUCGGCCUGCAUCCCUGGGUUGCUAGGAUCGGUUUCACUAACAAAGAUACUGGCUCGGUAAGAUUCGCAUGUAGCGGUUCAAUCAUAUCCAAGAAAGUUGUACUUACCGCCGCCCAUUGCGCGCUCGCUAAGCCUGAAGGAUAUAAAUUAUCAACAGUGGUGGUAGGCGAGUGGGACACGACACGAAGCCCUGACUGUAAUGAGUACUUCUGCGCGCCGGUGACGCAGGCGCUGAAGGUGGACAACGUGGUUGUGCACCCCGGCUACGAGCAGAAGAUAUUCCGACACGACAUCGCGCUCAUCGUGCUCAAAGAUGAAAUCAAAUAUUCAGUGACAGCCGCUCCGCUCUGCCUGAAUGAUAAACCGGAAAUAGUUAUAAAUGAACGCGCAACGCUCGUCGGAUGGGGAAAAUUAUCUGGACAGACUAACAUGGUGGGCAAACAACAGCAAUUAGACGUGCCCCUGGUCCCUCUGGAGACGUGUGAGAGUAUCUUCGGGGAGUCUGUGCCGGUGCACGAGGGGCAGCUGUGCGCGGGCGGGGAGGAGGGCCGGGACGCCUGCUCCGGCUUCGGAGGAGCUCCCCUAUUAGUACAUAGAGAUGGACAAUAUUUACAGAUCGGGAUUGUAUCAUUCGGUUCAGAGAACUGCGGCAGCGCGGGCGUGCCGAGCGUCUACACCAACAUCGCACACUACUUCCACUGGAUCGUGGAAAACUCCCCCUCCUAAAUGCUUCACUUUAGUUGUUAAUUAAAUAUUGUAGAAACUGAAA